AUGCAACAACGUGGGUGGACACAAGAUGGGCUCAUUAUAUCGGUCAUACCUGAUCCACAUUACAAAUAUUAUGGCAUUUUAGUGCCAUUACCAUCGAGUGCUACUCUCUAUACCGACGUUUCAGCUAAGAUGAAAAGUAUUCCUUCGGUUCAAAUUGUCUCAAUUGAAGAAAUUCGAAAUCCAUAUCUGGAAGAAACCUAUGAAGGUAUGAAGAAACUUAUCACCAAACAAUGUCCAAAUCAAAAUCCAAACGAACGGGAAUUAUUUUAUGGCACGAAAAAUGUUGAAAGCCAAGGUAUCACAGAAGACGGAUAUGAUGAUCGAUAUUUUAAUAAAGACGGUUUGUAUGGUAAGUGAAAUAUCUACACUUGAACACUCGCAUUAAUUUGUCAUUUAGGUCAUAGUGCCUAUUUUGCUGACGAUCCAAAGACAUUGAACGAUUAUACCGAAGUGAAUACAGUGGAUAACACACGUGUGAUAUUUUACAACAAAGUCCUCUUGGACAAACCAGCAAUCUUAACUGCUACGGACAAUACAUUGGUCUCAGCCCCGCAUGGAUUUCAUUCGGUGAUUGGCAAACAUGCAGCAAUGACUGAAUACAUCGUUUAUCGCUAUGAUCAAGCUCUACCCUAUCUAAAAAUCGUUUACAACGUUUGACGAUCAACUAUUGUCAUUCACUUUUAUCAGAAUAUCGAAUAAACAUGAUAAUAAUUUGAAAAAAAAUGGUGGCGUGUGGAUGUGGCUGGGCGUGGAUGCUAAUGUAGAUAAGAUUAUCACCCAUACUAAAGCCCAAACCCACACCCACACUCACCCUUGGUGUCCGUGGCACUCGACCGGGCUUUCUCCAGACUCGUUGACAUAUCUCUCGAGUGGGAGAGAUGUGAAUGAUAUGAAUAUGUCCCGUGCGUGCAUUUGUGAUAUAAUUGCGAUUUUUUUUCUUUUUAAAAAUUCUAAUUUGCUUGUGAGUAGAUUAGUGACGAUAGUACAGAAUUCAACGGUUAACAAAAUAAUUGUGUUCACUCAAGGAAAGAAUGUUUACGUAAAAAAAAAACCGAAUUUUCGAUUGAAGUUAUUGAUUUUGUUUUAAUUCUCAAAUAUUUGGCUCGCUACAAUUAUUUUAGAAAAAUUUGUUUUUUUAUUUACUGGAAGUACGAAUUUUUGUCUGUGUUUUAAUUUAUUUUAUAUUGAUUGCUAAAUGCU